AUGGCAGACAUCGAGGCCGUCCUAGCUGCCAAGGGCAACGCCCAGCAGACAGAGCUUUCCUCCGAGACUCCAAAUCUUCCCGAAGGCGGCAACAAAUUCCAGCAUGCCAUUUCGGCCUGGAGAACCAUCGACUACACGAACCUCGUCUCAAACCUCGACAACACCGCCUCCGAGAUCGUCACAUACCAGAGAGACUCGACCGUCCAGAGGAAGGAAUUGGCACAGAAAACGAAGGACUUUCGAAAGCUUGACGAUUCUACAAAGCUAACCGAGAUCAAGGGCCUGUUGAAGGCCUACCAAACCUUCAUCGACCUCCUCACCAACCACUCAAAAUCCAUUAACUCGGCGUUCCUCCAGGCGUACACCUCCCUGUCCGAUGCGCCCGACCCAUACCCGCUGCUCGAGGCGUCGGUCGACUCGAUGCUUGUAUCGGAGGACACUCUGCCAAAGCUGAGCGAGGAGAACCAGCACCUGCAACAGUCUGUCACCAAGCUAACAACACAGCUGGAGGACGCCGAGUCGAAACUGCAGACCGAGUCCGCCGCGAAAAAGGAGCUCGAAAUCAGCUUGGAGAGCAGGGUCAAGGAAGUGGAGGCUUCUUGGGUCGCCGUUCUCGACGAAAAGAAGGAUAACUGGGCUGCGAAGGAGAAGACAUUGGAGGAAAAGGUGGAGAAUCAGGAGCGCUUGCUCACCGAAAUAAAAGCGAGCUACGAGGUCAACCAGCGUCUGGGCAAGGCAGAUGAUGGAGAUACCGAGGCCCAGGCCGGUCACGUUACCAGCGCCGAAAUCGAGAUGCUUCAUUCAGACCUCGAUCGGACUAGUGCACGACUGGCCGAGGUCGAGGCGCGGAAUGAGCAGCUGAGGCUGGAACUGGCGCAGGCAAAAUCUUCGGUCGCCUCUCAGGCGCCCACGUCACUGGAGGACGAUCCUGGCUACAUGCGGAUGCGAUCCGAAAACUCGUCACUCAUCAGAAAGCUCGACGCCGCCCGUGUCGAGAAGGAGGGCAUCAAGCGUACUCUAGACUCCCGGCUGCGUGGUUUGGAGAGGGAGGUCGGCCUCCUCAAAGAAGAAAGGGACAACUUGAAGGCCAAGGUGCAGAAAUGGAGUGACUACGAAGACGUGAAGCAGGAGCUCGAGGUGCUCAAGAGCAUUGAAUUCUCAACAGGCGACGAUGACGAUGUAAAGGAGGCUGCCGAGAACCUGGCAGAGGCCAAGGGUCAAGGUGACACGCUGGAGAAGCUGCUAUUGGCACGCAACAAGAAGCUCGGCGACGAGCUCACCAUCUUGCGCGUAUCUCAUCAAGACCUCCAGACCAAGCUGUCCGAUCUUCAGGAGGACAUGUCAAGGACAAACAUGGAGCUGGAAAAGGCGCAGCAGCUCAACGAACGUCUCGAGAACGACCUCGCAACGUUGCAGUCGGAGUCUUCCAACGCGUUUCCCUCGGGGGCGUCAGUAGCGGGAACAUUCAACCGGUACGCUCCAUCGGCUGCACCGGGACGAAGAGGAGGAAGAGUGUCACCAACGUCGUCCAUCAUCAGUGGAAUCGACCCGCGGAUGUCUGGUGGCGAGCCGAUGGGGGGUGGCUCAGGCAUCUUGCCAAUGAUUACGGCACAGCGCGACCGGUUCAAAAAGAGGAUCGCCGAGUUGGAGACUGAGCUGUCAAACACUCACCGCACAGUGUCGCAGCUGAGACAAGAGGUGUCAGCUCUGCAAAAGGACAACCUCAACCUGUACGAGAAGACGAGGUACGUCUCGACGUACAAUCGGGCAGGCCCCUCCGCUACGACGUCGUCGUCGGCGGCAUAUCCGUCCAACCCCAACCCGUCGACUGUUUCGAUGGGCGGCAGCGGAAACCCGGGCAUCACCAUGGACAGAUACCGCAAGGCGUACGAGUCGAACAUCUCGCCGUUUGCCGCCUUCCGCGGACGUGAGUCUGCCAGGGCGUACAAGCGAAUGAGUUUCCCGGAGCGUGUGGUAUACUCGGUCACGCGAAUGGUACUCGCGUCGCGGACGAGCAGGAAUCUCUUCGCGGCGUACUGUGUAGCGUUGCAUCUGCUCGUCUUCUGCUCGCUAUACUGGCUUGGCACGGUGGACGCGGAGAAGCACGCCAGCAAUCUUGGCAAGUCGGCUGCAGCAGCAGCCGCUGCGGGCGCGGGCGCGGGAGGUCUCAACGGAGGGGCCGGCGAUGGCCACGGCGACUGGCAAGAAGAAGGAUUUAGCGGGCAUUAG